GAGAGAGAGAGAGAGAUAGGCCUGCCCACAGCACUGCUCUGCCUGUGGUGUGUCUGCCUUCUGCCAUCUGGUUUCACAGAACUCAGUUUAUCAAAAGCGACCAGUUCCCACAUCACAUCAUUUGUAAAGAGAAGGACUUAAAUAAAUACCUGUUGCAUACAAAGGGCAACUUGGUACUUCUGUGUUGUACAACCUUCCACACCCAUUCCUUCUCUCUUGAAAGAGCUGGAUUGGAUUAUUUUAAAAAGCAGAGGAGAAUUUGAAUUCUGUUUGCUGGCUGGAUUGAGGAAGGAAGGUUGAGCUCAGGGUUUUGACUGAAGCACAUGCACCUUGCUUUGCAUAGCUUUUCUUAGGACUGCAGGCAACUCUGAGGCAAGAAGAUAAGCCAGGUUGCCUCCUACUAUUCAUGAAGAAGCUUGAUGGGAUUGACUCCUUCGAAGAUUACCUUCCCAAGGGGUAAAUAUUCUCAGCUGUGAACAACUACCACAGAGAGUGUUUUUGACUGGAUGACAAAAGAGCUUAGUUAGAAAUCAAAGGUUCCACAUGUCAAGAAUGUGAGGGCAUUGACCACAAGGGCCUUCGUGUUAUUUUCUCUUUUGCAUACUUUCUCGAAUUGGUCUGAAGGAUGCCAGCUAAGACGCCUAUCUAUCUCAAGGCAACCAAUAGCAAAAAGGGCAAGAAAUGCAAACUGAGGGACAUCUUGUCCCCCGAUAUGAUUAGCCCACCGCUUGGGGACUUCCGCCACACCAUUCACAUCGGGAAGGGAGGCGAACAGGAUGCGUUCGGAGAUAUGUCAUUUCUGCAAGGGAAGUAUGACCUUCUGCCUGGUCAGGAAGAUAUACGAUAUCUUCAGUUUAUCGGACACAAUGAGUUUUCAAGGGCGAACAGCACCUCAGAUGCCACUUUUUCAGAGACUCCCUCACCAGUGCUUAAAAACGCUAUUUCCCUUCCUACCAUUGGAGGUUCACAAGCCCUUACUCUCCCCCUCCUUUCCACUGUCACUUUGACUCCAAACACUGAACCCCUUGUGCCUUUUAACCCUUCAGAGAAACCAAAGCAGAAGGAAUUAUCAGAGAAAACCAAGCCCAUCUUUUCUUCUGUGAUGUUCCCUCCCAAACCCGAAUCCCAGGCAUCUAUAAAGCAAUUCCCAGUCUCUUUAGACAAACAGCCUGAACUAACAGAGAAAAACAAGCCGGUUGAAAAUGGUAAAAUACACACCAGUGAUAACGGAUAUAAAUGGUCUGCUCCCUAUUACUCCAACAGUAACGGUAAAGCGAAUAAUUCAACAGCUUUGCCAGGACAUUACACCAACUGUUUGAAAGUCGAGGACAACCUGCUUAACAACUGUCAGUUUGAAUUUACAAAAGGAAAAAGUGUCUCAGAGGAAUCAAUCUCAAAUAUUACAGGGUCCCUCCUGUCCCUGGAACUUGACCUGGGACCCUCCAUUUUGGAUGAGGUUCUUAACGUUAUGGAUCACAAGUAAUGAUUUCAGAAUUGUAUACGAUGGAACAGAAAGGGAAACCUGUUAAUGGUACAAGAAUAAAAGCCAAUGGUGUUGAUCACACACUUUCUUUGUUUUGUGGUCUGGGAAAGCACUCCUUUCUAGUAAAACAAGGGGAAUGACUUUACUUUCUUUAUAUGCAAUUGGAUUUUUGCUAUUAUUUUUAUUGAUCUAGCAGUGUUUUUUUUUUUCCUGUGCUUCAGUAGGGUAUGCAUUAAAAAGCAGUGUAUUUCAUUUUUUAUUUAUUUUUUACCAUAAAAGCAAACAUGGAUUGUUUAAAAAGAAAACAGUAUACUUUUUACAACAUUUUAAGUGCCUUUUGUUUUAUUUUUUUCCAAAUUAAAUUAUAUACUGUUUAUUUUCAUCAUACUCAUUGCCUUUGCCACUGUUAGAUGUAGAUCUAAUACAGUAUUAUUGUAGGCCUACAUGUGCACUGCAUUUUUUUCAUGCUAUUUUUCAGAAAACCUAUUUUUAUUAUUUUGUUUUCUUUUUUCAGCGUGUGUUGAAAGGAAUUUAUUUAAAAGGAAACUGUUUACUUUUUCUAUCCCUUGGCACACAAGUUAUAGUUAGGGCAAAUAAUAGUCAAAAAAAUAUAAACAUGUCCUUUACGUUUAAUGAAAAUUUCCUACCAACAUUUUUUACCUAUAAAGACAUAACCCUAUAAAGGCCUCUUCCUAAACACUGAUGCUAUUGGAAUCAUUCAAUACUUAUAUGUCUUGUUUGGGUAGACACAAUACACUACAUACAGUAUGUUCACCAUAGUCGGAUGGGGGUGACCAUGCAAGAACUACAUCAUAAACAAACUGUUGUCAGCUUUAAUCACACAUAUGUUACAGUAAAAGUUUGAAUAUUGGGAAAUCUUAAGAUUUACAAGGUCGACAUUUACAAAGCAAAACGGUAACGAAUCUGCUUUAUUUCUGACAUGUACCAUGUACCUGUAAAUCUCAAGAAUAACCAAGUGGCUUUGGCUUUGUAUCGCAUUGUAAGGCUUCAGGAGACCUGUGUAACUUCAAGUGUCUACCAUGCUGCAAUAAGUGAAUAUAUCUAUUCAGUACCUGUAUUUGUCACGUUUUGUGUCCUAACCAAAGUGUGAUUUUCAUUGAACUACUACGUAUUUGGAGUACAAUAUCCUUCAACACCAUUGUGAAUUGUUUUAUACGCAAAGUUACCAGAAUGUUGGUUGUUCUACAUAAGUAGAUUACAAUAGUGUUCAGUACCAUGUUGAAUUGCUCAAUUGUCCAUUACUGUAAGCUCAUUAAUGAUUAUUUUGUUAAUGGAAAAUGUGUAUGCAGAAAUAAAUAUAUUCUUCGGCUAA